AUGCCGACCACCGCGCCCGCGGUCGCGUCCGCCUCGCCGGCCACCGGCCCCGUCCUGGCCACGGCUUCGCGCACGUCUGGACCACGCUCGCCCCUCGCCCCUUGCCGCCGCUGUUGCUUGCUCCGUCUGCUUCCUGCUACCGUGUUGCCCACUACCGCAUCUGCUCGCGCUGCUCGCCUUCCGAGGUUGCGCUACUGCUCGGCGCCGGCGCCGGCCUCAUCCUGCCCCGGACGGCGUAGUCCUCCGCCUCUACUCGCCCGCGCUCCGGCUCCCUCUGCCUCCCCCACGCGCCUAGGCUCCAGACGCGCCCGCUGCUGGCCCCAUCUCACUGCCGGCUCCACCCUGCCGCUUCCCCCCGCUGUAGCCGCCCAACCGCCGGUGCUGCCGGCCGCGCACGCCCCUGCGGCCUCGUUCCGCUGCACCCCCUGCGGGUGA